UCGUCGUUGUAGUCACCAUCACUGUCGCGUGAGAGCGGUUCUUUCCGCAGCAGUGUGUGUGUGUGUGUGUGUGUGAGUGUGUGUGUGUGUGUGUGUGAGUGUGUGUGAGAGAGACGGGACAGUUAAGCGCAGUUAAGACACUCGGCUCUUGUCCGCACGCGCUGCUGCUGUUCGCCUUGAGAUCGCGCACACCGUCUUUAUCGUGAUAAAAAACACAAGAAGAGGAAAAACCUCGCAGAAGUGUCACGUCGCGUCGUCAGGUCCGUUGCGCAUUAUUUCAGCACGCGGGGAAAAUUCCUCAUCCGGGAGCGCGCGCGCUGUAAGAAAUGUGCGAGACACCGGCAAAGCGCAGCGGCACGGGGACGGAUUGACCAGGACACAGGACACAGGACACAGGACACAGGCGCUGACGGCACACAGGCGCACACAGGCGUCUGGGAACUCAUUCUACACAGCUGUAACGUUUCUGAUACGCGAGCGCGCGCGCACAUCACUGCAGAAUCUACAACACAAACGCGCGCGCGUCUUAUAGUCCUGCGUGUACGUGAACGUGAACGGGCUUCAGGAUGCAGGUGUCCUUUGCGUGCACGGAGCACAACCUGAAGAGCAGGAGCGAGGAUCGCCUGUGCGGGCUGCGCGCGGCCCCACCACCGGGAGGCAGCAGCGGGGGCUGUGGAGGGGCAGGGGGAGGGGGAGGUGGGGAGCGGAGCAGUGUACAGGUCAGUAACGGAAAUUACGCCCAGCAGAACUCCGUUAAAAUCCGUGACAUAACCGGGUCACGAGGUGUGACACAAGGCCACGCCCACAUGAAGGAGGCUUUUGGCCGGCACAGCAACAUGAAGUACAGAAAUUUGGGAAAAUCAGGUCUUCGUGUGUCAUGUUUAGGCCUCGGGACAUGGGUGACGUUUGGCUCACAGAUUUCGGAUGAGAUGGCAGAGAACCUGAUGACUAUAGCAUAUGAGAACGGUGUGAACCUGUUUGACACAGCUGAGGUGUACGCUUCAGGCAGAGCUGAGAUCACUCUUGGUAAUAUUAUUAAGAAGAAAGGAUGGAGGAGAUCCAGUUUUGUAGUAACAACCAAGAUCUACUGGGGAGGACAGGCGGAGACAGAGAGAGGCCUGUCCAGGAAACACAUCAUCGAAGGUCUUCGAGGCUCUUUAUCAAGACUGCAGCUGGAUUAUGUGGACAUCGUCUUUGCGAAUCGUAACGAUGUCAACAGUCCGAUGGAAGAAGUGGUGCGUGCGAUGACCUUUGUCAUAAACCAAGGCAUGGCCAUGUACUGGGGGACGUCCCGCUGGAGCGCGAUGGAGAUAAUGGAGGCGUACUCAGUAGCUCGGCAGUUCAAUCUGAUCCCCCCGGUGUGUGAACAGGCCGAGUAUCACUACUUCCAGAGGGACAAAGUGGAAGUGCAGCUGCCUGAACUUUACCACAAAAUCGGUGUGGGGGCGAUGACCUGGUCUCCGUUGGCGUGUGGUUUGAUCACCGGGAAAUACAGUGACGGAGUUCCAGAAUGUUCUAGAGCUGCAAUGAAAGGCUAUCAGUGGCUAAAGGAGCGCGUUCACAGUGAAGAAGGCCGCAGACAGUUGGCUAAGAUCAAAGAGCUCCACCUGAUGGCCGACCGACUCAGCUGCACGGCCGCACAGCUUGCUAUUGCCUGGUGUUUGCGCAGUGAAGGUGUUAGUUCUGUAUUGUUGGGAGUCUCAAACACAGACCAACUACUAGAAAACCUGGGAGCACUGAGGGUUCUCUCUCAGAUGACUCCUCAGGCAGUGAGUGAGAUUGACACCCUGCUGGGCAACAAGCCGCACUCCAAGAAAGAGUCCCGCGCGUGAGGACAGUCCUGGGUGACGAGAACGAGACAACGAGAUCCGAGUGUGACCGGGACGAACGGACGGCUUUUGCUUCCUUCCCUUCCUGUGUAUUCCAUCUUCCUGCAUGGCUCCUGCGAACCACCGAGCUUCCAGAACGAUCUGAACCAAACCCACUCCUGAUCUUUUAGAAACAUGUUACAGAAACGUCGAUACCCCAUUAACACAACAGGAGAUUUUACUCUCCAAAGGAAAAACAAACAAACAAACAAACAGACCAAUAUUUGAAUAAGAGUGAACAUCAUGUCUUCCAGGUGAAACACUUUGGCGAGGGGGAGUUGUAAAAAACUCACUUCCUUUUCCAAGGAUGCCAUGCAGCAAGCUUUUGGGUGUGUGUGUGUGUGUGUGUGUGUGUGUGUGUGUGUGUGUGUGUGUUGGACUGCAGUUCACUGCCGAUAACGCAAAUUAACCGCAAGCAGCAAAACACUUGUGUGUUUUCUCUCGUUAUCAUAGCCUGCAAUAGUAGACACACAGAAGCAACUAUGUCAUUUAUUUCUUAUUUCUCCUAAUCAUCCUGCCAUUAUUCACUUCCCCCGAACAGCGGAAGGACAAAUCACCAUGGUGACGACUGCUGUGUGAAACGGAGCAAAUGUAUGAAGAUAACUUAUUUCAUGAGUCUUCCUCCAUCUUAUCACUGCGUUCAACAAACUGUGCGCAUGGCCCUUUAAAACAGUCCCCACUUCUUGUGUUUGUGUGUGUGUGUCUGUGUGUGUGGGUGUGUGUGUGUGUGUGUGUGUGUGUGUGUCUGUGUCCUGCUAUAAUUUCUUAACUGUAUCAUUUGCACAAAGCAAAAAGUGUCAAAGGACAAAGGCCAUUGAGACACAGAGACAAUGACAGACAACAAUAGCAUGAAGAGAACGUCCAUUGUGUGUGUGUGUGUGUGUGUGUGUGUGUGUGUGUGUGUGUGUGUGUGUGUGUGUGUGGACACUGUUCAGUAUGAAGAUAUUAGAUGCUAUAAAGUUUGUCUCUUGUUAAUUUUUCUGAGAAAAAAAAAUCACAACUCAAAAGGUGGUGUGUUCCAUCAGCUGCUAUGCAUUUUAGCUAUCUAGCUGUUUAGCGCUACAUGAUUAGCUACAUCACUCACAACCCAUGCUACGUAUGUCUGCUAUAACUGCUACUUAAUUUAUAGCAGUUUUAGCUAUUGGCUAGCCAUUUUUAUUUUUAUUGAAUUAAAAAAAUCAAUUGUUCUUUAAUAUUUGAAUAGCUAGCUAGCGUUAAUAAAUCUAUUCAAGUUGUUUAAUAAUUAACAUUUUUGUGAAAUCAUUUGAAUCUAGAACACAACACAUGACCAUGUGGCACGACUGCGACUUAAUGUACUGUCUACAGAAUCUAGCUACAGUGUCGGCCAUUUUGAAUUCAUACCUUUAUUCAUGCUAGACUUCUAACAAAAAGUGCUAGCUGCUAAAAAUCUAACAAAAGGUUUUCUGUUCAUUUUUUCUGUCUUACAGGGUUUUAACCAUACAGUGUUAUUCUCAGGAGCUACAGGGGGUUGUGUAUUACCCAUAAUGCAAUGCAAAUUAAGUGAAUCCUAAAGUUUUCUAACUUUUCUGUCACACAAUGCUAGCGGUCAGACAUUCCUGGUUAUUGUGUCAGGUGUAGCUGAGUGUAAACAGGCUACAACAGAGCAAAGUUACAGCGUUCUGACUUCAAUUCGUCUCAAACUUUUUGAAUCUUACAGUGCAUUGUAUUAACAGCUAGUGUUUAGGAUAUGUCACACAUUUGCUACAUGAUUUAUCUGUACGCUAACUCACAUGCAGGAGAGCGCUUAAACUGUGCUGAGGAUGAUGGGAAACACACUACAGUUUGAGCAGUGAGAUAAUUUAUUUCUGACUGUUAUGAUGUGGAUUUAGCUUUCAGGACACGUACUAGAGCAUGUCUGAUUAUUAGCCGUGUGUGUGUGUGUGUGUGUGUGUGUGUGUGAAACUUUAUUUAACGACACUGGAGGAUCUGUUUUGCCAGCGAGAACUCGAGAAUGUAAUCAGGAAGUUGUUUGUCGCACCCAGACGACAGGGUCUGACUCGCUGUCACUCACUUUGAAGGGUUGUGAUGGAAUUUCAUUUGCUGAGUCACUCAACUCAACGUUCCCUCACGGACCACUGUGAUUUGGGACACAGCCACGAAUCUGCCCGGUAACAGAAGACACAGGGCAGUGUCUGGUGGUCUGGUGCUCAUCUCCACUGCACUCCAAUUUCAUUCUAAUAUCUUUGAUACUUUUGAAGUAAAUCGAACGAUAUGAUUCAUUCGAUUCACCCCUCAGAGUGACAAUCCAGUGGACCACCUCCAGUUCCUCAUGCUCAUCAAGAAUCUUCUUGGGUUGUUGUGGAGAUGAUGAAAAUUUGACAAUGAAAUUUGACAAAUUCAACUCACUUGAAUUGUGCAAAUUCUCUGCUCACAAGUUGUACCGUGUACAGCCGAGACUCGAGAUGUCAGUCUUUGCCAGUUUAUAAAAGCAAUCAUAUUAUGAUGAAGUGCUGAGUAAAGAUGAAUGAAUCAAUGAAUCAAACAAUCAGUGGAUGAAUCAAAAUCAGGCUUUGGAAGAAGCAUCUGAUGUAAAUCCCGUGUUUCAGGGCAGUGAUCCCGAAUCCCUUUACUGCUGAAGAGAAUCCACGGCUCGAGAGGCCGCCAUAUGAUACGGACACGUUCGUGACUACGUCAUUAACGUCUACCGUUUUAGAAAAAUGUAAAUAUUGUACUCGAGCUGGACCUGACAGAAAAUAUUUCCAGCAGCCGGACUCACGUUCAAAUGCGAAUGCUUUUUAGUUUUUUUUCAUGUGAUGUAUUAUAGUUAGCAAGAUCAAGUUAUAUGAAGACACUAGCAGUGUAAAUACACAUUUAGAGCACAGAAACUCCUCCGUAACUCUGCCUGUGUCGGUUCGGUUUUAAUGUCUUGCACCAAAAAAAAAAAAAGAAAAAAGAAAUGAUUCACUCUAAAACCCUGUACCGAAUGUAUUCAUGCUUGCCUUUAAAAUGUCUGAAGAAUCUCACUGCAAUGUUUUUAGGCUCUUUAAUCAAUGUCAGGUGUGUUGUGUGAUUGUGUAGCUCAAAAUAACCUACACACAUAUGCACCAUGUUGGAUGUUCAGAAUUAUUGGCACCCUUCAUUAAAAA